AUGCCUAUCACUCCAAGUACAUCAGAAAUUACUGUCAACAUUGAAAGCAAGAAGCCAGUUAAAGAUACGAAACAGGUUAACGUUGUACCAGGCACUGAUUCUGAACCAAUCCUUACGAAUGCGAUUCAGUUAUCUACUAGAACGCAAGAUAUCGUUAAUCAAAUAUCUUACGGCGGUCCCCCUGAACUCAAAGAAAAGUUUUUUAACCUUGUCGAAGAAUACAACGAUGUUUUCGCACUUCAUGAACUCGAAUUAGGAGUUACAAACGUAACAACACACGUAAUUGACACGGGAGAUGCAAAACCUUUAAAACAGGCACCGUAUUGUACAAACCUAGUUGUUGACGAAUUCAUCAACAAAACUAUCGAUGAUGGCAUUAAAAGAGGAGCUAUCAGAAAAUCUAACAGUCCUUGGGCCGCGCCUAUUGUAGUAGUACCUAAAAAAGGCAAUCAAUUCAGAAUGUGUAUUAAUUACAAAAAAUUGAAUACAGUUACAAAGUCAGAUUCAUACCCAGUACCUAAUAUCGAUAUAAUCCUAUCAUCCUUAGGUAACAAAAGUUGUUUCUCCUCAGUCGACUGCCACUCAGGGUAUUGGCAAGUAGCUAUGGACCCCGAAUCGAUUCAGAAAACAGCUUUCGUUUGCAAAAAAGGCCUUUUCGAAUUUACGGUUAUGCCAUUUGGUGUUCGCAACGGAGUAGCCACGUUUCAACGGUUAAUGAACACGGUGUUAGAAGACGGUUUAAACACGAAUUUUUUUGUUUAUUUGGACGACGUCUUAACAGCCAGUAAAGAUUCAGAAUUACACUUGAACGAUAUCAGAAGCCUUUUCGAGAAAUUAAGAAAAGCUAACUUGAAAUUAAAACCUUCAAAAUGUUCUUUCUUUUGUUCAAACUUCAAUUUUUUGAGAUAUACGGUAACCCCAGAAGGCAUCACAAAAGACAACGAUAAAGUGAAAAGUAUGAUUAAUACACCACUACCAAAAACUGUGAAAGAGCUUGAAAGAGCCUUAGGGUUUUUCAAUUUUUACCGAAAGUUCAUUAAAAAUUAUGCCGAAAUAGUCGACCCAAUGAGGUUAAUUUUAUAAAAUAGCCGAAAAAGCAAAAACAGUGUCACUUUAGUACACACAGAAGCCGAACUCAAUGCUUACUCAGCAGCGUUCACAAAAUUGAAGGAUAUUAUGGCCGAUAAUACAGUACUUGCUUCUCCAGACUACGAAGCCGCCUUGUCCAAUCCAAAAAGAAAAUUUAUAUUGGCAACCGACGCGUCAAAAGUUGGGUUUGGUGCUGCUUUACACCAAUGUGACGAAUCGGGAAAGAUGAGACCUAUUGCGUUUGUCAGUCGAAGGUCUACUCCAGUCGAAUCACGAUUACCAUCUUCAGAAGCCGAAGCGACCGCUAUCCUAUUUGGAUGCGAAAAACUAGACUAUAUUCUACUAGCCACGCCAACUCUGAUCUUGACAGACAACAAGGCAUUAAUUCCAUUAUUGAAAAAAGAGUGUACUAAUCCUAGAAUCGAACACAUGUUCUCAACUUUGAGCCAAAAAUUCAACCUCGAAAUCAAAUACAUCAAAGGAAGUGCUAAUUCAGUAGCUGACUUCUUGUCACGAGCUUUUGAGAAUGUUGAAGCCGAGAAUACACUGACAAUUCAGACUCAAAUUAGCGUCAAUUCAAUCAAUACGAUUGAAUUUGCAAAUGCUCAAGAACCCUGGACUGAAAAAGCUGAAUGGUCAAGAACUCUCGAACAAGACCUUGAAUUUUCGAAAGUUUAUCAGUACUUAAAGUUUGGGCUCUUACCUGAAGAUCUAAACUUACAAGAAAAGGUAAAACAAAACAGCAAAUCCUUGUGUUCACAACGACGUUUUGUACAAAAUCGAAAACAAUGUACCUUUAUUGACCGUACCAAACGAUAACGUUGACGCACUACUCGAAUCGAUGCACAAUUCACCACUUUCAUGUCAUGCUGGUACCAAAAAGUUGAUUUGCCUAUCAAAACAGUACUAUUUUACAAAGAAACGAUCGAAAAUUGACCGCUUUAUCAGCAAUUGUAUGGUGUGUCUUAUGACAAAAACACCAACCAAGAACCAGCAGCCGAGUGGAACGUUCGAAUCCGCAAAUCCUUUUGACCUUGUACAUGUAGAUCUACUAAAAAUUGGUUUAUCCUUGUCUGAAAACAUGUAUGUAUUGACCAUGAUCGACGAUUUUUCGCGUUAUCUUAUUGCUGUACCGCUAAAAAGCAAAAACUCAGAAGAAAUCGCAAAAGCUAUCUUGAACAAUUUGAUUCUAAAAUUUGGAUCUCCAAAAACGAUUCAUUCAGAUCAAGGGCCAGAAUUUUUGAAUCAAACUUUAGAUUUGAUACGAUUGGCUUUAAAUACUGCUUUGAGCACAACUCCAGCGUAUACACCUUGUUCCAAUGGCGUAGCUGAGAGAGCCAACAAAGAUAUCUUACAAAAAUUACGAAAACUUACUGGUUCAUCUGACGAUUGGGACGAAAAGUUACCUUUUGUAGUGUUUGCUCACAAUUCGCUUGUACAUUCAAGUACUACUGUAUCACCGCACUCCGUUAUAUUCGGCCAAGAACCACAAUUUCCAACCAAAUGGAAUCAAAACUUAGUUUUGCCAUCAUUAAAAUAUCUGGACGCACCAACAUACAAAGAUAUGGUAGCACAAAGACUAAAAGAUACAAUCGAUUUUGUUGGUCCUAUACUAUCAAAAACCAGAGAGAAGUACCAAAGUCAACAACAUGAAAGAGACGGCGUUUACGUUGACAAAUACAAAGUAAACGAUUUAGUAUUCAUAGAUGAAAAACAUUUUCCGAACGAGUCAAAUAACAGAAAACUCCAAAAAUUUCGAUUCGGUCCCUACCAUAUUGUAGAUACUUCAACAACAAUGGCAUUAUUAGCUUGUACUGAAAACCCCUUCCAGUGGUUUUGGAGAAAGAAAAGUACUCUGUGCCCUUGUCCUCAAGACUUCGACAUGAAGAACUUCGUCCGCCAUCCAUUCCACCCAGAAUAUAACCCCAAACCCCCGUAUCCAGCACCAACUUCCGCACCUCACCAUUACAACUUAAGGCCAAGAACAGUACAGGAUCAAUCGUAGGUUGUUUCAUUUUUUUUUCGUUUUGUUUCUUUUCUUUUCUCUUUUUAUUUUUUUCCUUCUUAUUAUUUCCUUUUAAAAAAAAUAUUUAUUUCUUUUCACCUUAUUUUUUUUGUUUUUUUCUUUUAUUUUUACCGUCGGGCCGCCGUUUCUUAACGGAGGGGGAGCCCUUUUAGGCUUAUUUUCAGAAUGAUUCCGGGACGUCAUCACAAUGGAGAUAGGCGAGUUGGGCCACGCUCGGGACACGUGAUAAAUCGAACGGUUAUGCAAAUUGGCGUUCUCUCUCUUCCUCGGAUAAAACGCACGCGUGGCAGUCAGUCAAUUGCAACGUACGUCUCCUGACCGGUCGGUCUCAUCAUCCGCUCCGAUUGAUACUCGACAUAAUAUCUUGUGGUUGGUAAUAAACAUAUAUAUUGUAUUAUUGUCUCGGAUAUUAUUGUCACAACUGCUCUGAAACUUUAAAUUUUUAAAUACGCCAAUCUUACUGAAUCAAAAAUAAGAUUAAAAAAACUAUCUGCGCCAUUCUUUAUGCAACAAAAAAUCAUUUUUUUAAAAAUUUCAAAUAUUGACUUCAAAUUUCAACUUUUUUAAAAAAUCCAAAACUCACGUUGAAGAUCCGCAGCAGGUCACUGUACCAACCGUGAAUGUCACCACAAAUAUCGACCGGUGCAUUCAGCUCAAUCAACGGCUCCUUUGAAACGAGCACGGCUAGCUCCAGAAGCUGAAAGAUGGUUGUGGGAUCGUAGUCCUAUGGCUUGGCCCCUGCCAGCAAAGGAUGCUUGA